CACCUGUUUCAACGUGAAUGAAAAGGCCCGGACUUACCGCCGAAAAGAUUGAGGUCACUCGAUAUUGAAAUAUAUCUUUUGAUUAGCUUAUGGUUUUGAAUGAGGCCAGGCGCAAACCUGGAAGCUGGUUGUGCAUGGACCCAGUCGGCGUGCAGAUGAACCUGGGCUAUAGUUGUCUGCUGAGCCAGGUGAGACAGCAGGUUUUGUGCCAAUUAUUAGCAAGUGGGGUUGACCACUUAGACAACAAUGGCGGCAGUGCUACAAUGACUACAAUGACUCCAGGAACAGUGGGUGUCAGGUGCAGGAGUUUGCAAAGAUGAAUUUGAGAUGUUUCUUAUAAAUUCAACGUUAUCAUCGUGACUAGUCACCGG